AUGGCUGACGCCCUCGCUUCACAACUCAAAAACACUACCCUCGGGGACGGCGCCUCAGAAGUCAGACUCCAGGACACACUCAAGCUCCCUCCUAAAGAUGCCCGACCCCAGACCGAGGACGUCACGGCCACCAAAGGCCUCGAGUUCGAGGAUUUCUACAUUAAGCGUGAACUGAUGAUGGGUAUCUUCGAGGCCGGAUUCGAGAAGCCUUCCCCCAUUCAAGAAGAAACGAUACCCGUUGCGCUUACAGGCCGAGACAUUCUUGCCCGUGCGAAGAACGGUACUGGCAAGACCGCUGCCUUCGUCAUUCCUACCCUCGAACGUAUCAACCCCAAAAGCACCAAGACCCAGGCUCUGAUCCUGGUCCCCACACGAGAGCUGGCUCUUCAGACUUCCCAGGUCUGCAAGACCCUUGGAAAGCAUCUGGGCAUUAAUGUCAUGGUCACCACCGGUGGAACCGGUCUCAUGGAUGAUAUCAUCCGGUUGAAUGAUGCCGUUCACAUCCUGGUCGGUACCCCCGGUCGUGUCCUGGACCUUGCCAGCAAGGGCGUUGCCGAUCUCUCCGAAUGCCCUACUUUCGUGAUGGAUGAGGCAGACAAGCUCCUUUCCCCCGAAUUCACCCCCGUCAUUGAGCAACUGAUGUCCUUCCACCCCAAGGAUCGCCAGGUCAUGCUCUUCAGUGCCACUUUCCCCCUCAUUGUCAAGUCAUUCAAGGACAAGCACAUGCGCAACCCUUACGAGAUCAACCUUAUGGAUGAGCUCACCUUGCGCGGUAUUACACAGUACUACGCCUUCGUGGAGGAGAAGCAGAAGGUUCACUGCCUGAACACCCUCUUCUCGAAGCUCCAGAUCAACCAGUCCAUCAUCUUCUGUAACUCCACGAACCGUGUUGAGCUCCUGGCCAAGAAGAUUACAGAGCUAGGCUAUUCUUGCUUCUACUCGCACGCUCGGAUGCUCCAGCAGCACCGUAAUCGUGUGUUCCAUGAUUUCCGCAACGGCGUGUGCCGUAACUUGGUCUGCUCGGACUUGCUGACCCGUGGUAUUGAUAUCCAAGCGGUCAAUGUUGUGAUUAACUUUGAUUUCCCUAAGAAUGCCGAGACCUAUCUUCACCGUAUCGGUCGUUCCGGACGUUUUGGCCACUUGGGUCUGGCCAUCAACCUGAUCAACUGGGAAGAUCGUUUCAAUCUGUACAAGAUUGAGCAGGAGCUGGGUACCGAGAUUCAACCCAUCCCUCAGAUCAUUGACAAGAAGCUUUACGUCUACGACUCUCCCGAGAAUAUCCCUCGUCCCAUCUCCAACCCCGCGCAGCCCAUGCUUUCGGGUCCCCAGCACCCUAGCAACGGAGAUCGUCAGCCCCGUCGUCAGCACAACCACCAGAAUAAUGGGCAGUACUAUAACAACAACCGCGGUCGGGGAGGCUCUUAUCGUGGCGGCCGUGGACAAGGCCCGCGUCGUGGCCCCCAGCAACAUGACCCCAACAAGCCCGCUCUUGCCCCCAGCCAGGUUGGCCCCAAGCCGCCAGCUCCUGUGUCUUAG